AUGGCUACUGUUAUUCCACCACCUUCUAAGAAGCAAAAGAGAGAGGCUCAACAAGUACGAGAUGUCGAUUUUAUUCCAGCCGAUUUACCUAAUGUCUUAAUCAAAUUCCAAGCAUCAGAUACUGGUGAAUCCAUUGGAGGAUCUAUACGAGUCCCAGGAGGAAUUACUGAAAAACAAUUAGAAGAACUUUUAAACAAUCUUCAUGGAGAAUCAGAUGAUCCAGUUCCAUAUACAUUCUCCCUCUUAAAUGAAACACCCGACUCCACCAAGACCACCACCACCAAUGUCGCACCAACUACUAUCGACAUCAAAGACAAUCUUUAUACAUCAAUUCUCAAACCGGGUAUCAAAACCACCGAAGAUUUCUUAACAUUAGUCUACACCCCACGAGCAAUCUUCAAAGUCAAACCCAUCACCCGAUCCAACGCCGCCAUUGCGGGACAUGGUUCUACUAUCUUAUGUUGUCAAUUCGCCCCCAACGAUUCGCUGAGAAUGUGUUCCGGUGCCGGCGACUCCACCGCCAGAAUAUGGGAUUGUAAUACCCAAACCCCGAUUCACACCUUACUGGGCCAUACCAAUUGGGUCCUCUGUGUGGCAUAUUCCCCCUGUGGGACCAUGAUCGCGACGGGGUCGAUGGAUAAUAGUAUUAGAUUAUGGGAUGCCCAAACUGGAAAAGCAUUGGGAAAACCGUUGGUCGGACAUAAUAAGUGGAUUAGUUCUUUGAGUUGGGAGCCGAUCCAUCUUGUGAAUGGUAAUGAUUCGCCUAGACUUGUGUCGGGGUCCAAAGAUGGGACGGUGAAGGUUUGGAAUACGGGGACGAGGGUAUGUGAAUUCACAAUGAGUGGACAUACGAAUGCUGUUAGUUGUGUGAAAUGGUCCGGUUCUAAUAUUGUGUAUUCGGCCUCACAUGAUAAGACUAUCAAAUCUUGGGAUAUUUCCGCUGGGGGGAAAUGUAUUCAGACUUUGAAGAGUCAUGCGCAUUGGGUGAAUCAUUUAUCUAUCUCGACGGAAUAUGUAUUGAGAAAAGGUGGAUAUGAUCAUACUUCUGUCAAAUCAUCCAUUAAUGAUUCUCGGGAAGAAAUGAAAGCCAAGGCAUUGGCACAGUAUGAAAAAGUCGCAAUGUUGAAUGGGACAAUUAGUGAACGAUUAAUUACCGCCAGUGAUGAUUUCACGAUGUAUUUAUGGGAACCCCUCAAAUCCUCCAAACCCGUCUGUAGAAUGACAGGCCAUCAGAAAUUAGUUAAUCAUGUUUCUUUUUCUCCGGAUGGGAGAUAUGUGGUUUCUAGUUCUUUUGAUAAUUCGAUUAAAUUAUGGGAUGGGAUUAGGGGGACAUUUAUUGCCACUUUGAGAGGACAUGUUGCUCCUGUGUAUCAGACUGCUUGGUCGGCGGAUAAUAGAUUGUUGGUUAGUUGCUCUAAGGAUACUACGUUGAAGGUUUGGGAUAUUAGGACAAAGAAGUUGAGUGUUGAUUUACCGGGACAUGCUGAUGAAGUAUAUGCUGUUGAUUGGAGUAUGGAUGGGAAGAGAGUUGCUUCUGGAGGGAAGGAUAAGAUGAUUAGAUUGUGGUCUCAUUAG